AAUAACAAAUUAAUUAAAGAAUUAAGCGUUUCUAUGUGUUGACGUCAACCCAGGCGCGAUCUAUGAAUGCCGCUGCUGUGUAAAGUACUCCGUCGCUGAGGGGCAGGGCACACAAAAUUUCGGUGCGAGGCUGCGAACAGGGCCACGAAAUGAAUCUUUAACAUCAGCAUCAACCAGCGAGGAAACGAAAAACAACAACAACUACCAUAAGAAGAACAACCCACAAAGAGCCAAAGUUUUUUUUUUAAGAGUUGCUCUCUUAAGGCCCAUCGGUUUUGGAUCCUUUUUUUUUUGUUAAUUUUUUGUGUUCGCUUUUGGAGGGCAAAAAACAUUGGACACGGAGUAACACGUACACCUAGGACCCAAACCCAAACCCAAACCCAAGCCCGGAGCAGCCAGGGACAGGGGACAGGGGACCGUUCCACUCAUCAAUAUUCGAAAAAGCAAUUGAGACGCGAACCAUCAGCAGGCAUCAGCAUCAAUUCAUCAAUUAUUCAAAAUGACCGAAGACGAAAUUCUCUUUGACGAUGUCUACGAGCUGUGCGAGGUCAUUGGCAAAGGACCCUUCUCCAUUGUGCGACGAUGUAUACAUAGGGAGUCCAGCCAGCAGUUUGCUGUUAAAAUCGUUGAUGUGGCCAAGUUCACAGCGAGUCCAGGACUGAGCACAGCGGAUCUGAAGCGCGAGGCCACAAUAUGUCAUAUGCUGAAGCAUCCACACAUUGUCGAGCUGCUGGAGACCUACAGCUCCGAGGGCAUGCUCUACAUGGUGUUCGAGUUCAUGGAAGGCUCCGACCUGUGCUUCGAGGUUGUGCGUCGCGCCGUUGCCGGUUUUGUCUACAGCGAGGCGGUGGCUUGCCAUUACAUGCGGCAGAUACUGGAGGCGCUACGAUAUUGCCAUGAGAACGAUAUACUGCACAGGGACGUGCGUCCCGCCUGUGCCCUGCUCGCCACCGUGGACAACUCGGCGCCAGUGAAGCUUGGUGGCUUCGGUUCGGCCAUCCAGCUGCCGGGCACGAGGGAAACCAUAGAAACACACGGACGCGUGGGCUGUCCGCACUAUAUGGCGCCGGAGGUUGUCACCAGGCGGCUGUACGGCAAGGGCUGCGAUGUCUGGGGCGCUGGUGUAAUGCUGCAUGUCCUACUAUCCGGCAGAUUGCCCUUUCUGGGCUCAGGGGUGCGACUACAGCAGUCGAUAGCGCGUGGCAGGCUCUCGUUUGAGGCGCCUGAAUGGAAAUCAAUUUCGGCUAAUGCCAAGGACCUAGUCAUGAAAAUGCUGGCGGCCAAUCCACAUCACAGACUUUCCAUCACCGAGGUGCUCGACCAUCCGUGGAUACGAGAUCGGGACAAGCUACAGCGAACACAUCUCGCAGAAACGGUGGAGGAAUUGAAGCGCUACAAUGCUCGGCGCAAGCUCAAGGGUGCCGUUCAGGCCAUUGCCGGCGGCACCACCAUGGAUCCCGUUUAUGUCACCGAUGCGGACAUGCCCAUUGCUGGGGCACCCGACGAAUGGGCCGACGAGGAGGCGGGCAUCGAGGCGGUCCAGCGCAUUCUGGACUGCCUGGACGAUAUCUAUUCGCUGCAGGAUGCGCAUGUGGACGCGGAUGUGAUGCGGGAUAUGCUGCGGGACAGUCGGCUGCAUCAGUUGCUGCAGCUCUUUGAUCGCAUCACCUCGACGGUUGUCACCAGCAACGGCCGGGCGCCGGCCGCAGAGGCGGUCACCCGCAGUCGGGAUGUCCUGGAGACGCUCUCGUCGACGGCCGGCAGUUCGGUGGCCAAUAAGUAUGCCAAGGAUGAACUAAUGCUGCUGCUGGCCGCCCCACACAUGCAGGCCCUGCUCCAUAGCCACGAUGUGGUGGCCCGCGAUGUGUACGGCGAGGAGGCGCUGCGCGUUACCCCGCCACCGAUGGUGCCCUACCUCAACGGCGACGAGAUGGACAAUGUGGAGGGCGGCGAGCUGCAGCAUGUGACCCGAGUGCGGCUGGUGCAGUUCCAAAAGAACACGGACGAGCCGAUGGGCAUAACGCUGAAGAUGACCGAGGAUGGGCGCUGCAUUGUGGCAAGGAUUAUGCACGGGGGUAUGAUACAUCGACAGGCAACGCUGCAUGUGGGCGACGAGAUACGGGAGAUCAAUGGCCAGCCGGUGCAGCAUCAGUCGGUGGGCCAAUUGCAACGAAUGCUGCGCGAGGCACGCGGUUCUGUUACCUUCAAGAUAGUUCCUUCGUACCGUAGCGCUCCGCCACCCUGCGAGCUUUUCAGGAUCAGACCCGCUCCGGUGCUUAUUUUCGUGCGCGCACAAUUUGAUUAUAAUCCGCUGGAUGAUGAGCUUAUACCCUGCGCCCAGGCGGGCAUAUCAUUCCAAGUGGGCGACAUACUUCAGAUCAUUAGCAAGGACGAUCAUCACUGGUGGCAGGCGAGACUGGACACGGUUGGUGGCUCGGCGGGCUUGAUACCAUCGCCAGAGCUGCAGGAGUGGCGCAUUGCCUGCCAGACGGUCGACAAGACCAAGCAGGAGCAGGUAAACUGUUCGAUAUUCGGGCGCAAGAAGAAGCAGUGCCGCGACAAGUACUUGGCCAAGCAUAAUGCCAUAUUCGAUAAUCUAGAUGUGGUCACAUACGAGGAGGUUGUCAAGGUGCCAGUCGGUGAUCCGAACUUUCAGCGCAAAACGUUGGUGCUAUUGGGAGCCCAUGGCGUGGGCAGGCGGCAUAUUAAGAACACCUUGAUAUCCAAGUAUCCCGAUAAGUACGCCUAUCCCAUACCACAUACAACGAGACCUGCCAAGCCCGAGGAGGAGAGUGGACGCAGCUAUUACUUUGUCUCGCACGACGAAAUGAUGGCGGAUAUCGCCGCCAAUGAGUACUUGGAAUAUGGCAUUCACCCAGGCACGCACGAGGAUGCGAUGUAUGGCACCAAGCUGGACACUAUCCGACGCAUACACACAGACGGCAAGAUGGCCAUAUUGGAUGUGGAGCCGCAGGCACUGAAGAUACUACGCACAGCCGAAUUCACGCCCUAUGUGGUCUUCAUAGCGGCCCCCUCGCUGCAAAAUAUCGCCGAUUACGAUGGCAGCCUGGAGCGUCUGGCAAAGGAAUCGGAAAUGCUGCGUCAAAUGUAUGGCCAUUUCUUUGAUAUGACGAUUGUGAACAACGACAUUAGCGAUACGAUUUCCGCGCUGGAAACGGCCAUCGACCGAGUGCACACCACUCCCCAAUGGGUGCCAGUCUCGUGGCUCUACUGACAAGACAGUGAACUGGAAUGCCCCGAUUGCCUCGAGGGUUGCGAUUGCGAGUGGGAUGCAUAUACACAGGCCUCCAAUGUGGCGCUCUACUGAGUGCAAUACCACAGUUACAUCACACCUACUACACACCACAAACACCAUUAAAGUAUUACCAAGGCACAAAAAUAUACAACACAGCAACAGCAACAGCAACAGCAAUAGUAGCAAAAGCAACCGCAACAGAAACAGAAAGACAUGAAGACAGAAUGCGCUUGGCGCCGAGAUAUAUGUAGGUAUGAGGAUAUAGGAGAGGGUAUUGUGGGUAACUGCGGUCGCAACGUAAACACAAAAUGUUAAUUGUAAAACGAGCUGUAUUUUGCCUUAUACUUUGUUAAAUCCUAAGUGUUUAAUUUUACAUUGUAUUUGCCAUUCCAAUGGGCUGCCCUCAAACAGACAGCCUGUGUCAUUAUGUUUAUUAUAUUUAUGAUUGUUUGUUCUGUUAAAGUUUUUGUUUGUACCCGUACUCGUACUCGUACUAGUAUUUAUUUUGUUUCUUUCUGUCAGACAGCAUUAAACGCUUAUGUUAAUCUUGCA